CAAAGACGCACGAACGGGUGUAACAAACUGCUGUAGCUCAUACGCCCUAGAAACAAGUGUAGCCUUAUCAUUUCAACCCACACUAACAGAAAUAUUUCAACAUUCAACCAGACAUCAUGAGGGUUUCAAGCAUAGAUUGUCGCCGUUUGAAGAAAAUUAUCAGAAAGGAAUGUGGAAGCUGUCUCAUUGUGGAUUGCCGACCAUACUUUUCUUUUUCGAACUCUAAUAUUAGAGGUUCGGUCAAUGUGAACCUGAAUUCCGUUGUCGUCAGGAGAUCCAGAGGAGGCCCGGUGCCGCUUCAGUUUGUCAUCCCGGACGAGAAGGCUUUGUAUCGGCUCCGGGAAGGCAGCAUCUCGGCCGUCGUGGCUCUGGACGACCGGACACCUCAUUUCCAAAAGCUCAGAAAGGACAGCGUCGCUCAAAUAGUGAUUAAUACACUGUCAGCGAGUGGUGCUAACAUCUACUUUCUGAAAGGGGGUUAUGAGAACUUCCACGCCCAAUUCCCUGAACUUUGCACUGAGAUGAAAGCCGUCGAGCCAAUCGGAACCGGAACCGAAACCGAGAGAUUCAUCGGCAGCCACUGUGAGAAACUGGGCUCCUACCUCAAGCCAGAUUACGAUCAGGGCCCGCCGGUGGAGCUCACCCCUUUCCUCUACCUCGGCAGUGCCUACCACGCCUCCCGACACGACUACCUGGCCGACCGCCGCAUCACGGCCCUGCUCAACGUCUCCCGGCGGGACACGCGGCCGGCCAAGGCCCAGUAUGACUACAAGUGGAUCCCGGUGGAGGACAGCCACACGGCCGACAUCAGCUCCCACUUCCAGGAAGCGUUCGACUUCAUCGAUCGUGUCAAACAGGCCGGUGGGAAAGUGCUGGUGCACUGCGAAGCUGGCAUCUCCCGCUCCCCGACCAUCUGCAUGGCGUACCUGAUGCGGAGCCGCCGCCUGCGGCUGGAGGAGGCCUUCGACGUCAUCCGCAAGCAGCGCGCCAUCAUCUCGCCCAACUUCAGCUUCAUGGGCCAGCUGCUGCAGUUCGAGGCGGAGGUGCUCUCGACGCCGCCCCCUGCUUCCCCUUCCUCCUCUGUCCCGGAGGCCUCCAUGGACUCUGCCGCCUCGGCGGAAUUCGGCGGAAAUGGCACCGGGCCCGUUCCUGCGCUCCGAGAGCCGGCCUCCUUGCCGAGGCUGUCCAUUGACUCUGCCAGCCUGGCGGGAACUGCGGAAGUGUCUGGAGCUGGAACCAAGCCCCCCCCCACACCCGGGCCCCGAGGGCUAGCAGGCCCCUCCCCGUUCUUCUCCGAUGACUUUGAGCUGGGCAAGAGCUGGGAAGAGCCUUCUUCCGUCUUCUCGUUCCCUACCUCCUUCCUGUCGCCCUUGCCCCUCCAGUCGCCGGUCCGCCAGUUCAAGCUUAGCCCAAUAACUGCACUGCCUUAAACGAGUGCUUGGCAUUUCCUUUGUAGAUUACUUGAAAAAAAAUAAAAGCAUAUUACUAAAUAAUAAACCAACAAUUGAAAAGAAAUAAACCUCUUGGUAAAACUUUGUUAAGCAAGGGAAUAUCGGCUGAGGUGGAGAAAGAGAAAACAGGAAAAGAAUUGUCACUGGAGUACUUUGCCUAAAGGUCAUUUUCUGUGCGUGGUUUUAGGGAUAUUCACUGAUACUAUUUGCCUUUGAUUUGUGGACUUAAUGAAACUCAGCACGGUAUACUGCAAUACAUGCCUUAGCAAUGUGUUUCUAUGUUGUUGUAUUAUUGUUUGUGUCUUCAAAUCUGAAAAGGCUUUCUGAAUUAAUUUAUUGUUUUUUAAACAGUGUGUGUUUUUAUAAAAACAAUAAAUGAUGAUAAAGUU